AUGAAAACCUUUGCCCUCUUGCCGCUGCUUUCCUCCGGGGUCUUGGCACACUACUUUUUCCCGAACACAGUUGUCGACGGCGUCCAAUCCGCCGAGUGGGAGUUCAUCCGUGAAACAAACAACAACCCCGGCGCCGAGCCUGUGGAAGACCUGUCAUCGACUUUCCUCCGCUCAACAGCAUGGGCCAUCCAGGUCCCGUUCUCUUCUACAUGGCGCGCGUGCCUGACGGGGAGGACGUCACGACCUGGGACCCCGUCGGUGACGUAUGGUUCAAGAUUGACCAGCACGGUGACCUCGGCGGCCCAUAUCCCCGCCUUCGAGACGGAAAUGCGAGAGAUAUCGACAACCAUCCCCAAGACACUGCCCAACGGCGACUACCUAUUGAGGGCGGAGCACAUCGGCCUACACGCGUACGGGACGCCCCAAUUCUAUAUUGCGUGCGCGCAAGUCGAGGUUUCCGGCGGUGGCAACGGAACACCGGGGCCGCUGGUCGCGUUUCCCGGCGAGUAUUCAAAGGAGGAUCCAGGUCUGGCUGUCAACAUUUACGCCGCAAGCCAGCCAUAUGAGUAUCCGGGGCCGGAGGUGUGGUCAGGAUGA